CAUUGUGGGAUUGGCUGGCAGCGGGCGGAGGUGGACCUUGUGCAGCGGCAUCUGCGUCCAACUGCAGAAAUUCACCGACUCUCGGGGUGUACGUGAAGGUUAUCCGCCAUGUCGUCCAUGCUGAAAGUUGUCGGCAAACAGCUGAAGAACCACCCAGCUCUCAUCCCCCUGUUUAUCUUCAUCGGUGGAGGGGCAACAAUGAGCAUGAUGUAUUUGGCAAGACUGGCUCUGAAAAAUCCAGAUGUUUCGUGGGACCGCAAAAACAACCCAGAGCCCUGGAACAAGCUGGAGCACAAUCAGCAGUACAAACUCUUUGCAGUCAACAUGGACUACACCAAACUGAAGAAAGACAGGCCCGAUUUCUAAGUGUCUGAUGUCGCCGGCAGGACUUUUUUUGGCAAAGAUAUGUGAGACUACAGAAAAAAAAGCAGAAUCUCACUCCUUUAAUGGUUCUGGUGUGAGAAUUUAAAAAAAAAACCAAAGGGAGGGGGAAAUAUCUAUAUCUUGCUUUAAAUAAACAGGCUUCUUCCUGUUUACCUGAAUGAAUAAUUUAUGUUUUUUUUCCUUUUUGUGUUGUAAGUUAUUAAAAACAUUACAAUCACCUUCC